CUUCCAUUUGCGUCAACAACUAACCACGAAAUAUAACGAGCUCAUCAAGACUUUUUCCUCGAACAAAUUAGGACCAUUUGGUCUUCUAAUAGCCGUCGACGGGGACAUGGAUCGACAAAAACGUAUAUCCUCGCUGUCAAUCCCGCAAUCGGUGGCGGGCGGGUCAGCAGUCGACAACAAUGUCUCGCUCAAGGAGAUGAUGGAUAAUAUGCGCCAGGAAUUCACGGACCAGAUAAAUGACCUUAAGACUUCAAUGUCUGAACAGGCCGAGCGGAUCAACGAGCAAGCUGAGCAGAUAAAACACCAGGCUGAGCGGAUCGACGAGCUGGCCGACGAGAUAAAACACCAGGCUGAGCAGAUCAAAGACCUUGAGGCUGCGAACGCAAACCUAUCGGCUUCAGACAAAAAGACGACCGCCAUCCUACAACACCAUUCCACCAUGCUACACGCUCUGCAUCGUCGUGUGUUGCUUGACGACGCACGUGCGCUUAUAGCCAGUCGAUAUGGUUUCCCCAUAAACGAACUUCGGCCGGGGGGUCAAGUUGUCGCAGGGAAGCCGAAGACUCUCCAGCAAUUGGUGCGGGAUGUCUGUUCGCAGCUUACCAAGGACAAUGCGCGUUGGCUGCAUGACGACGCCUUGAAAAUGAUAUUUGACAGCAGUUCGGAUACACUCUGCUUAGGGGGUGGCUGCGGCUCAUCGUGCCUCCAAGGAGGAAUUGGGUUUAGCUAUCAAAGACCCGAGUUUGUCUGCGUCGCAAACAGUAAUCUUGAGGGAGGUUCGCUCAUAACUGCAUUCUGGACAUCUAGAUAUUUCCAAUAUGAUUGAACCAAUGUGCCUUUUGGAUUGUAUCUCUUACUUGGUCGUC